UACCGGUCAUUACAGGGAGCACAGGCACACUGAACGCCCGCAAUAACCAUGAGAAAGCUUUCUACUCACUUUCAUAUAUUUUUGGCAACGCUCUGGCUGCUAUUCCUCAUUUCACCUGGAUAUCCCCUUCGAGAUGGAACGGAUCAAGUCGUCACAUUGGGUACAUUCAAUGCGGCGGAUAACGUAUGCCUCAUGAAGAAAAUCUUCAAAGGCCAACCCAGUCCUGUGACGAUCAGUUUUGAUCACGACAACAUCAUCAGCUAUGCGAAAGCUUUCACCGAAGAAAGCCUAAAGAAGAAAUCCGGUAAAAUUUCGAUGGCUGUGGUGGAGGGAGCCAUUGGAUCGAACUCCGUCAGUUUGCAGAUAGCUGAAGGUGCCAAUAAGAGUGUUUUUAAGAGCAACAUAUUGCUGGAAAUCCGGUGUGCGGCUGUUGUCAUACCGGUGCCGGUACCGACGUAAAAAAAUGUUGAAAUUUUGUGAAGUUUAAAUUAUUUCAUUGAAUU